UUGGAGCAUCUUUUACUGUGUUUGUUUUAGGUGAGAUCCUUGGGAAGUUCUCCCAGAGGAGGGGCUCAGAGCACCCAAAUCCAUGGAGGGAGCAGCUGGGAGCCGCUCCCGGGAUUCCCAGCAUCUCCUGCCGCAGCCAGGGCAGCACCUGGGCAGCUCUGCCCUGUGGAGGCCCUGGAUGCUCCCAGCAAGGGAUGGGGAAACCAUGGAGAACCAACAAAUGAUGAGACCAGAAUUGGAUGGUCAAGUGAUAAAUUGUGCAUCAAAAGGAGCUCUGGGGUUCCAGCAUCCAGUGAGGCUUUAUUUGCCCAAAUCCAAAUCCCAGAAGUUUCUUGCUAACAUUGGAGAGAAGGUUCUGGCCAGUUUUCCUGUCCAAGCCACAAUUCACUUCUACAAUGAUGAUGCUGAGGAAGAGGAGGAAGAAGUGAGCCCUGAGAGACCCAGAAUCCACAUUAAAAAAUGAAGAAUUUAAAAAAGAACUGUCAGGACUGGAUGGACAAACAUCUGACCAAACAGAAAUACAGCAGAGCUCAAAAAUAAACUAUUUAUAAUUCUCUUUCCAAGGAAAAUGAGUCAAAGCACUGGAAAAUGGGAGGAAAUCCUUUUGUGUUUUGAGAGACUCUCAAAUAAAACCCUGAAGCUGAACAAAAUAUUUAAAUCAGAUUUCUUUCAGGAACACAGAUAAAGAACAUGGAGAACAUUGUACUGAGUCAUUAUUUUAAACACUGAAGCCCUGAGAAAGUGAAAAUUGCAUUGAUUAUGAGGCUGAAUAAUGUAAAGUACAGCCCCAAAAUAACCCAAAGGCUUGGAAACACACUGAAAUUAGGCAAGGAAUUAUUUCAAAUGCAGAGUUUGUUGCUUUUUGGCCCCAUGGGAUUGAUUUGUUCUGCUAAAAAUGCUGAAUGCCCAGCUGGCCCCAUCCACUCCCAGUACAACUCACAAGUUCUAACCAACAUUUGUGAUAUUUUCUGGGGUUCUGCCAUUCUCUUGUUAUCAGAUUUUCCCCUCUGUAAACUUUUUCGAGUCAGAAAAUAAUGUCAGUCUCGAUUAAAAACCACAAUUUAAUUUAAUGCCACAUUAAAACUUGCAUUAUGUGGCACCUGGUUGCCUUCCCCACAAUGUUUUUUAUUCUCAGAGAGUUUCUCAACACUUUCCUUGCUACCAGCACCUUUAAAUACCUCAAGGAUUAACUAUUUGUCCCCACUAUAUUUAAUUUUUUUUUUAAUAUUUAAUGUGCCUUAAUCCAACCAAAACUUCCCUGGUUUCCCCAGAGACAAAGCAAAUGCAGAAUUGCAGAUUUUUGACCUUUCCUGCACCUCUGGUGAUUGUGGGAUAAGGUUUUCAGAGAGUUUUCAGAACCCCUUCAAGUGUGUGGCAGCUCCUCCUCUCAAAGGAGGCAAACAAAGGGAGUGUCACACAUUUUAGAUCUGGAAAAAUUCAGAUUCCAAAUGAAUCAACCUAUUAGAAUGAAGGAUUUUCCUGAAGAUCUUCACUUGCCAACUCAACAGAGGAUCAUUAAUUAAAUUUACACCAGGAGACAUCCUGUCCUCUAGGGAAUGACAAGAAUCUGUUGAAAUUGAAACCACAGAGUGACAAAGGAAAAUAAAUUCAGCUUUUAGAUUCAUUUCCACAUCUCCCCUUCCAAACACAUGACACUAAAACCCAGAUAAUUUAAGGUAUUUCACAAGAUAGCCUAAAAUAAUUUAUGCUUCAGCUUCCUCAUAUUAUAAGUGAAUAUUAUAUUAUUGGCUUUUCACAAAUAUUAUAAUGAAUGUUAUAUGUAUAAGGUUAGAAAACGUUGUUGUAUUAAUACAGUUUAUUUUAUUUCUGUUAUUGAUGAAACUUUGAAAUAGUGGUAUAAUACACAUAUAUAUUAGGCUAUAACAUGAUAUUAGAGCACAGAUUACUUUUGUUUAUAUAACCCAGGGACUGAAAAGACAAUCAGAGACCUCCCUGCAUUAUUAAGAUUAUUUUGUCCUCCAAGAGAAGGAUUUAUUGCACCUGGUAUAGGAGGAUAUAAAACCCAGUGGUGCCAAGAAGAUUGAUCAGUUGGGAAGGGGGCAAGGUAAAAACCAAAGGAACAUCAAAAAACUUAAGAAGAAUGUUUGAAUAUGUAUGAGAAUUUAUAGAUAUGUAGUGGGGUUCUGUUUUUAAGGGACAAUCCUUUGUUAGUUAGGUGAAUGCAGAGACACCCAGCCAUAUCUGUAUAUUUCACUUUAUUUCAUCUCCUAAUUGUCUUUCUAUGAAACUUUUAAAUUCUGUAUAAAAAUACGUGAACCUCGUUUUUCACAUUCAUUAUUUAAUCUGCAGCAGAAGCAAACAGAAAAGCAUCCAGGAUGAUUUCACUGCUCUGUGAUGACCCAUUGCACACACAGAAAAUGCACUGAGCUCCCUUCCCAGCUCAUUAAUAAUUAAUAAUUAAGAGAAGCCCCAAAUUGAACUGGUGCAGCAUCUCUGUGAUUCAGCUGCAGGCAACUUUCAGUUCCCACUUCACAAUCCCACCCCAAAGUCAGAGUGACCUCAGAACCAUCCAUCAUUUACAGGAAAAAGGUAACAAAGCAUCCCCAAAAUGAGUUUAUGGUGAGUUUAGCACUUCAAAGGCACGGCUGGAAGCAGAUUAAAUUCUUGGCUCAGGUCUCUGUGCCACAAAACCCUUCCCUUGGGAUUUCAACAGCUGCAACACUGCCAGUAAAUGCUACUUUCAUUUUCCAUUCCCUAAAAUGAUGGCAGCAAAAAGCAACUUUUUUGUUCCCUGGUACAGGGAUGCCUCCACAACACCUCUACAAUUUCAGAUUCCUGUUGUAUGAAAAAUCAUCAUUAAAGCUGAUUUUCAAGAAGCCUCGAAUUCAGCUUCCAGGAGCUUUUAAGAGAAGCUCUGAAGGAUACAAAUAUCCAAGGGAAGCACAUCCUUGCAUGCCACUGAGGUGUGUAUUUUCUAAAUAUGACACAGGAUUAAUUUGGAUUAAAAGAACUACCACAGGAUUUUUUUUUCCCCCUAAAUUACAUUUACACAGGGAGAAUGACAAACAGCAGCAGAACUGAGCAAAGGCAAUAUUCCCAACAGCAGCUUUUUGAGCUCCAGAGACAAAAUCCACCCAAUUCACUGAAACAUUUCCUAUUUAAUGUUAUUUAUUCUGCAUUGGCUUCAUCUAUCAGCUGCUUUUUAUCCACAGCACAGCAUCCCAACAAAACUGACUUUGGCAACCCCUCUGGAAGGGAACUGGCAGAACAAAAUGAAAUCUUUCCAAAGCUUUCUCCUCAGAAUACAGUUCAGUUCCUGAGCAGAGAGAUACAAAACCCCCCAUUCAUCCCAGCUGGGUGAAAGCUGACUGGAAAUCCAACAGGAAUUGAAUCAAACAUUUCAGCAACUCAGGCUCAAGAAAGGCAAUCAAAACACAUUUACACAAGAUCAGACAAACAUUUUGUUCCUAAAGCAGAAACAUUUCAUGGUUUCUAUCCACAAAUGAAACUGAAGUUCCCAGAAACUUGUUGCAUUUUUUAAUGUUUAUAGACCC